UUCGAGAAAAAUUCCUACCAACCAUCUAGGGCUGCUUCUUUGUCAUUUUACCAAUAUCAGUAUCGAUUGGGAAACAAAGUCUCGCGCAACCACACACCACCCCACACCCCCCCUGAUUUGUCGGAUUUUGAAACCCUUUUCCUUCACCUUUCUAUUUAAUUAAGCGUUAAGCAAACUCCCAAUUAUCAACUCUCCGCCAUUAAAAUUGCAGAAGGAAUCACAUGGCAGAGGAAGUUAAGCUUUUAAAGACUUGGUCUAGCCCUUUUGGCUUGAGGAUUGUUUGGGCGUUGAAGCUCAAGGGCAUUCAUUUUGAUCCAAUAGAUGAAGACCUCUCCAACAAAAGCUCUUUACUUCUCCAAUAUAAUCCAGUUUAUAAAAAGAUUCCUGUGCUUGUUCACAAUGGAAAACCAAUCUCGGAGUCACUAGUGAUUCUUGAAUACGUUGAUGAAACUUGGAAGCAAAACCCUUUGAUGCCCCAAGAUCCUUACGAAAGAGCUAUAGCUCGCUUUUGGGCUAAAUUUGGCGAUGACAAGGUUUUUUUAUCCAUAUGGAGUGUGUUCAUCAAACAAGGGAAAGAUCAAGAAGCUCUUCAAGAAGCCAUGGAAAACCUGAAAUUCUUAGAAGAAAAUCUCAAGGGAAAGAAAUUCUUUGGUGGAGAGAAGAUUGGAUAUUUGGAUAUUGCAUUGGGUUGGCUUGCCAAUUUGGUUAGUUUAUUUGAAGAGAUAAUUGACAUCAAAAUUAUUGACAAGGAGAGAUUUCCUUUGCUAUUUGGUUGGAUACAAGAGUUUUCACAAGCACCAAUAAUCAAAGAAAGCUGGCCACCUCACGACAAAAUGCUCACCAAGUUCCAAAUUAUGCUUCAGAAUAAGCUUAAACUUGCGGCAGCUGAGACUAAUUGAAGUGUUUUUGAAUAAGUUUUGUAUUUGGGUUGCCGAGAACAGUGUGCUUCUUUUGUCAUUUGAUAGAACAUGAAUAAAGUUUCGUGAAUAUUUUUAUUUAAA